AUGUCGGAGACGUUCCAGACCGUCCCCGCCGAGUAUGUCGGCCAUCUGUUUGUCAUCGGACUCGACGAUGUCGAUGCUGAGGAUCCGCCGUGUCUGCCGGCGGGAUUGUCUGUCGAGUCUCUCUUUGCGUCUCCCCUGGAAGAGAUAAAAAAGGCAGGCCACUCUUUGCAGCCGCAUACCUUCCAGAUCGACUUGCUAUCAACGUCACCGUCCUGA